UCUGAUGUUUUCUGUUUGCGCGAAAACGUGUAAAAGUAACUCUAUAAAUAUAUAGUUAAAAGUAAAAUAAAAACCAACAUCAUAAAUAAUAAAAUAAUAAUUUAAAUAAAUAAAAUGGUGGUGAUAAAAUAUAUAAAUAAUUAAAUAAUAAUUAAAAGUUAAGUAUAAAUAUGGCUGAAAUAGCAAAUUCGUCAGUAUUUACGAACGGAGUUAAUUGUAACACCACAGAUUUACUUCAACGUGCAUUCCAAGAAGUUAUAAAUGAUGAUGACCAUGAAUUUGUAACAUUUUUAACUGACGGUGAUGUUUCGCACACAAUUCAUCUCACCCAAGCCCAGGCUGCUGAAUUGAAUUUAAAUUUUGAGGUUGACUCGUGUGCCGAUGAUCAAUCUGAUGAUUUGAGUUAUCAUCAACCAGCGCAACAUCAGUUUCAAAAUAACGGACUAAAUGAAUACCAAGAUACCCAAACUAAUAACAUUAAAUCCACAGCAUCACCUGGAACACCUGAGACAAUUGAUUACGAGACUGCGAGAUGGUCAAUUGAUAACAAGUUAGACGGACAUGAUGCCGACAGUGCCAGCAAAAUGAUAACUAUCAAUGAUAUCAAUAGUCCAGGUGGUAAAUCAAUUGAUUUAAUUCAUGAAUUUGAAAAUAAUACCCAGACAAAUGUCCAGGCCUUGUUUGCUGAUUCAGAUUCUUCUAAAAAGUCCGAUCUAGAUCCUAGCAUAGCUAAUAAUUUCAACGAAAUCCAAUUGACGGUUGAUGGAAGCAGUCAGAAUUAUCAGGCUCCAGUUACGUCAUCUGCGACACAAGUUUUGCAAAAGCUACCAGUUGUAUUUCCAUCAUCGCAAUUUAUUAUAAAACCAGUCCAGACAAUUUUGAAAACUGGUAAAAGUAUACGACUAGUUUCUAAUAAAUUAAAUACUGGUGAUAAUACUCCUGGUAAUUCUUCUGAUAGUAGUCAACAUCAACAAGUUAAUCAAAAUUCAAUUCUACUUCCCAAAGUAUCAACUUUACUUACUUCUCAUAUAUUUAAAGGUACGUCUGUUGCUUCACAAAUCGUACAUAAUAAUUCAUUGUCUGCGCAAUUAUUAACUCCACAAAUAAUAACCUGCGAUUCGUCAAAUCAACGUAUCAACAAUUCCACCAGCUGUGCUAAUAAUAAUAACAAUAAAAAUGGUAAUAAUUUAAUAACAAAUGGCGCGAGAUCACAAAAUCUAGGCAAUGCACAACAAAUACGUUUGCUACCACGUGUUGCUGGUAUCCAAGAAGACAAUGCUCAACAAUUUACAGCAAUUAGUAAAAGUACGGAAGUAAUAAACGGGAAGUUGACGUCGGCUAAUAGUUUAAUUAGCAACAAUAAAAUAUCCACGGGGUUGUUUACAUCCAAGACGGUGCAGUUUUCUCCGCAAGUUUUAAAAGCCGGUGGAAAACCAACGGCUGCAACCAAGCUGCCGAUAAAUUCAGCAAAUUCGGGGAUAACUUUUCAAACUGGUACGCGUAUCAAAACGCAGCAUACUUUUAAAUCGGUUAAUCAGAGUGGGUUGUUGCAACGAAAUAGCACUUGUGUGUCUACGCCGGUUUCGAUACUUAAGCCGCAGCCAAAGGUGGUGAUUCCUAAGCAGAAUAUUGCGGCAAUUAGCUCACAGAAUGUAUCUGGUGCAUUGAAUGGUGGUGAUAAUAUACAGAGAAUUGUUAAAAUGGUACCGCAGAGUUUGUCUGUGAAUAAUAUUAAGCGCGUGCAGACUAAUGAUGCUGGUAAGAAACCAAAUAACUCGGUAUUGAGUAAAAUAAAUAAUAAAAAGUCGAAAAUUAUGGGAACGCUUUCUUCAGUUACUGCUGGACAGUCUGAUUUAGCUAAACCAUUAGGUUCUAAUGAAAAUCCUAUUCAAAUUGUUCAACAAGGUCACACUUUUCAUAGCUCACAAAAAUUAACGCAGUCACAAUUGAAACAAAUUGCUCAUGUAUUACAGCAACGAAGUCAAGAGUCUUCUAUUCCAAAUGAAAAAAUAGUCUAUAGAGUCGUAUUCCCAGAAGAAUUAGAUCUGAGGAUUAGAAACCCCAUGAAUUUGUUGAAAACUCGUGGUGGUAAGCGAGGCAGGCCUAAAAAGAAACCAACAAAAUCUAUAAUAGUAGAAGACGACUCUGAGGAAGCGAAGGACGAACGAAAGAAACACGUGGCGCGAACACGUUCUGGCCGACUGUCUCGGCCGCCGAAGCAUAUCGUGCGUGACUACAAGCAUCUCCAUCAUCUAGAUUUUAUGGAACCCGAUUUAGAUGAUUCUGACGGUGGGUACAGCGACUACUGCGUCAGUACUGAUAAGGUUGACUCCGAAGAAGCCGCCAAGGAUCUACUGACUGGCUACGAAGGUCCUAAGCGUAAAAUAUCUGAUCACUUCCGCUGCCCCACAUGUAGUAAAAUUUAUUUAGGAAGGACGCGGAUGGCCAAGCACUUUGAGUUACACCCAGAUCAUGGCAGUCCUGAGCAACUUCCGCCACUGACUGUGGAACCCGAGCUAAAACAGUCGCCGCAGUAUCCCCAGGAUCAGUUUAAACGCAAAGGCAAAAGACGUGGUCCCUGGGCUUACAUAACUCCAGAAGCUAAAUCAGAAAGACGACAAAUAAAAUUACAAGAAGCAUUAGCUGCUUGUGAUAGCAAAGAGAUACUUAAAAUAGCUGCUAAACCAGUUUUAAAUGCGCAAUCAUUAUUUGAUCUCAUGGUUAUUAAGUCAGACAAUUGUUUGAAAACAUUUCUCAGCGAAUUAAAAGGUUUAGUUGAUACUGCGCGUGAGAGAGUCAGCGCAAUGCUGUCACCGGAAAAUGAUGAUGAAGAUAAAGAUGAACACGUUCUUGAAUUAAAUGAUGAUUUGCUGUGCGACACACUGGGAUUGGCACCUGGUUAUUACAACGUCAAUGAUGAAAUAUUUAAAAAUUCAAAUCAUUUUUACAACACGUCAUUUACAACUUCAACAGACGAUGAGCCUCCAGCUAAAGUACCCAAAAUAGACAACGAUGACGGCAAAGAAAACAUCGACGAGCGUCUAAAUCACUUUGGCGACAACAACAUUAAUGUCAACGUCAACGUUUCUAAUUUUCUUACUGACCGUAAGUUCGAACCCGUCAGUACAAACUGCCCAGAAGUUCUCACUGCAUUGACACUGAUGCCCAGAAACUCAAGCCCAGUUAAUACAUCAGACACUAUAAGCAAAUCAAACAACGUGUCAACAAAAUUACUUAUAUCUAAUCCAGAAAUUCAAAGUCAGAUCUUAGACAAUCCUGGGUUUCAAAAGAUUCAAAUAAAUACUUCGAAACAUUCAUUCAAAAAAUUAGAACCCGCCAAAGAUGGAUUCACUCGUUUGAACGGCAGCAAAUUGGACAUCACCAACAGCCAAUCAUCAAUGUCAUCUUUGUCAACACUGUCAACCUCAUCAUCAGUAUCAGCAUCAUCAGAUUUUACAAAAUUAAACGAUAAUAAUUACGAACAAUCUAAACUAGAUAAUAAUUUAACUCAAGCAUUUAUAAAAUUAGAGCCAAUUCAACAAAUUGGUUUUGUUAAAUUAGAAAACGGCAGUGUCGGUACUUAUCAGCAGAAAAACUCAACACAAAGUUUUAAAUUACAAGGUAAUAAUUACACUGAUAAUACAACACAGAAUAAUUGUAAUGAGAGCAGUAGUAAUAGUAGUAGUAGUACUGGUAGUAGCAGUACUAAUACUAGUAUCAGUACCAGCAGUAGUAAUAUUAUAAAUACACAGACAUUUACAAAAGGUUUUCAAAAAAUAAUACCCAAAAUAAUAGCAGUGUCGUCAGCAAAUGACAGUACUGGUAAUCAAUGUAUUGAUAAAACAGAGGCAUUUAAUAGUAACGGUUUACAAACGAUAAUAAACGACAGCGUGGUACCGAUGAUGACAAGUAAUUGCGACGGUAAUUUAUUUGUCGGUACUGAUAGUAUAGAUAUUAAUAAAAUAACAAACUAUGAGCUAGAUCUACUUAGUAGUAAUGGAGUUAUUGAUAAAAAUUUAAUGAUUGAUGAAAAAUUAGUUGAACAAUUACAGCUGGUUGAUCAGACACGUCUGGUUGAUGAGCUGGUAUCUGAAAGACUUAAAAAUAUAAUGCCGGAUAAUAUUUUAGAUAGUAAUUUAAUAAGCAGUAACAGUAAUUUGGAUACUGAACUUGAUUUUGAGGCACUGAGCGAAGAGUUUAAUAGAAAUACUAGAAGCUGAUUUAAAUACCUCGUAUAUAUAUUACAUAUUUUUUUAUAUUGUAUACCUUUAAACUUAUAUAUUUCUUACUCCAUUGUACUUUAUAUGUAAACCAUAUAAUUUAUUAUUAUACAAGUGUUUUAUUGUCUUCAGUAUAACGAGAAAGAAGAAAAACAUUUAAGUAUCUCAUGCAUUCGCAAUAUUGUUUAUUGUAUUUAUGAAUAGUAUAUUUAUAAGUAUGUAGGAUUUAUUUAAAAAAAAAUAUUACUUAUAUAUUUUUCAAUAGCUAUUAAUUUUAUUUUGUAGAAAUUAAUGAUAAGCGAGUGACUAUUUUAUAAAGAAAAAAAUAGAAAAAAAAAAAUUAGAAAUAAGUUGUGGAUGUAUAUUAAUAUUAAUAUUGAUAUCGGUAUAAAUAUCAUUAAUGAUUAAUAAUUGAUGAGGCAAAUUAAUGAUACUGAAGUUAACCAUGAUUCUAAAGUUAGCAGACAGUUAACAAUUUUUGAAUUUUUUUUUUUUUUCAAUAAAUU